CAUUCCUGAGGCAGGACUGCGCCCACCCCUUGUGUAAGCAAUUUAAACCCGAUAGGAGACCAUCAGCUAUCUGCAACACAUCUUUCUCAACUUCAGACCAAAGAAGAGCAUCAGUCUGUCUCUGCAGUGACACAAAUUUCACUCCAGCAUGCUUUUACGGUGAGCUGAUCGUUCGCGUUGCGACACUGCAAUGAUUUUUUGAUCUGGGAGAAUAAAAAGCGUUUUGCUCCGAGCGCCUCAGUCACGUGCCCUUCGUGUUUAAUUGAUUUGCUGUUAAACCGCAGACAAGUACCGGAACGAAUGAGUAUAACAAUAUACAUUUUAUAAUAUGAACUUUUUGCCAAGUGGAAUAUGUUUUUAUCUGUCCGUGGCAAUUUGCUGGUUCACAUCAAGUGUCGACGCAUCGUGGUGGUACAUGGGAACUCUUGGAUCGCAAGUGAUGUGCGACAACAUCCCUGGUUUAAUUAACAAACAGCGUCAGUUGUGCCGCCAGCAUCCCAAAGUGAUGCAAGCGAUAGGCGCUGGGAUUAAAAACUGGAUUGGGGAAUGUCAACACCAGUUCAGAAACCACCGGUGGAAUUGCAAUACUAUGGCGCGCGAGCACAAUCUUUUUGGAAGGCUUUUGCAUCGAAAUUUAAUGCAGUUUAAGGAAGACUGGAUUUUUGUAUCUGGCAGUCGUGAGGCCGCCUUUGUCUAUGCCAUCUCCUCAGCAGGUAUGGUCCACACCUUGACCAGGGCGUGCAGUCAGGGUGAACUAGACUCCUGCUCGUGCGACCCUGGAAAGAAGGGCACGUCUCGUGAUGCCAAGGGAUCUUUCGACUGGGGUGGGUGCAGCGAUCACGUUGACCAUGCGAUCAAGUUCUCUCAGCUCUUUAUCGACGCCAAGGAGAGGAAGGAGAGAGAUGCACGGGCUCUUAUGAACUUGCACAACAACCGUGCAGGGAGGAAGGCAGUGAAGCGCUUUAUGAACCUUGAAUGUAAGUGUCACGGUGUCAGCGGCUCGUGCAGCGUUCGUACCUGCUGGUUAGCCAUGGCUGACUUCAGACAGACUGGUGACUAUCUCCGCAAGAAGUACAACAAUGCCAUUCAGGUGGUGAUGAACCAGUACGGAACAGGCUUCACAAGCACCUACAGAAUGUUUAAGAGGCCUACCAAAAAUGACCUUGUCUACUUCGAAGACUCGCCCGACUACUGUUUAGGCGACCAUGAAUCUGGUUCUGUGGGCACAGGUGGCCGAGUUUGCAACCGUACAUCCCGUGGGGCUGACAGCUGUGAGGUCAUGUGUUGUGGGCGGGGAUAUGACACAUCACGCAUGAGCCGCACCGUCAAGUGUGAGUGCAAGUUUCUCUGGUGUUGUGCUGUGCACUGCAGAGACUGCCAUGAGGAGGUGGACGUGCACACCUGCAAAGCCCAGUCCACCACAUGACCCCACCUCUCCCGCAUUAGCUUGUAGUUUUCAACGCCAAACCUUAGAGCAAGGUCUGCAGUGCUUUUCAAUGGCAAAUUAGGUACAUGUAGACCAGUUAUUGCAGCAUGACUUACACGAAUGAGCAUCGAUUUCAGAAUUGUUUUAGUCAGUUUUAUAGCACAACUGAUUUUGAAGUCUCAAUUAGAUGUAUCGGGCAUCUUAUGUUUAUCAUUCUAACUGUCUUAUUUUUCUUACCAUAACACAAAUAUUUAUUAUUGCUUGUUGUAUAAGAAUGUUUAUCUGAAAUGUGUUUCAUGUUUUAAAUGUAAAUACAGACUCUAUGUAAUUUAAAAUAAA